UCCUUAGAAAGCUUUGGUGACGAGGAUACAUCCUACUCUUUAGAAAGGGAAUGCAAACUGCAAAGCGUACAAUGGAAAGAGGGGAGAAAAAGGAAUCGGUAAAGGAGGAGAUAAUGGAAGAUUUCGAGAAGAAGGUUUCCAUAACAGAAUCAAUGGAUGCCCAAGAUGCCGCAGGUUUAUCCGAUUCCUCCAAAACCGUCCAUCUACUGCGCAGAUUCCUUGCAAUUCAGCAGAGGAGAGCCGAAGCCUACGCCAAGCUCAAAGGUGGGUUUGCCGAGUAUAUGGAUUCAGGAGCGGAAUUAGCUUAUCAGCAACUUUGCAGUGAGAUCACAGUAGAAUUCAAUGAUUGCUCGAAACAAGUCCUUGAAAUCGAAUCACUAUUCCUGAAUCCUGAUAGCUGCCGGGUUGAUCUGGCACAGUUGCUCAGGGAUGUUCAAGCGCAGGAGAAGCAGAAAUUGCAUCUGACAGCUACGAUUCAGGUGUUGAAGAAGGCAGGUCGUCCCUCUGACCGUCCAGUGAGUCAUGACAACUGCAAAUAUAAGAAGCCAAUGGAACAUGAAUGUGUCCAUGUCCAUGAGAUAACUGAAGCUUCUGGAACUGAGGAGGCAGAAGCAGAUGCUGAGUAUGAUAAUGCUCUCAAGGAGGCCAUUAGGGGUGUGCAGGAUGCAGUGACUGCCAUAAACGAACAUAUAGAAGAAGUUAGAUACGAAAUUGCAGCCCUCGAAGCUGAGUGACCUUACAUCUUUGUUUAGAAAGUUGCUAAUUAAGAAGGAGAUAAAGCUGUAAGCUUAUAGGAGUAGGGAAGAGCUAAUGAAAAACAUAGUUGCAUAAUUUCCAGAUCGGUGCCAGUUUUAAUGAAUAUGUUUGCUUACUCCGUGAAAUAAUGUUUGGUAAGGGUGAGCCAAUAAUUGAAACCUCAUCUACUGGGAAUGACGAACACAAAACCAUCAAAACCAUAUCGACUGCCGAAACCCCGACACAGAUAUACUCCGAACCUUCAGAGUCCACUUCUUCUGCUGCAACCCCUACCUCUCAGACGAGAGCAACUCCAUCAGAUGUCUCUAACUACAACAACCAGUGCAUUGUCCUCAUUUUCAUUCAGUCUCGAGUCUCAUUGAUACAUGUUUGUAACGUGGUGAUGGAGACGUAGUAGGGGGUUGUGGAUGGAGCAGUUGGCAAAUUGUCUUUUAGGGUUGGUCUGGAUUUAGAGAUGAGAUGGAAUGGUUUUAGAUGAAAGAUGAAAGUUGAAAAAAAUAUUGUUAGAAUAUUAUUUUUUAAUAUUAUUAUUGUUUU